CAUUAGCGCUUUUUAAUGUAGUGUCUCCAUAAAUACCACGCAACUUAUCAGGUUGGUGCAUGCAUUGUGUGCAGAAGGGCGGGCUCUCAUGGCUUCCAAGGUUGGUUCUCUCCUCAUCAUCCUUAAUCUCAUUUUCUUCACUUGUGUCUCGGCCAAUUGUCCCCCAGUGGCUUCAGCUCCACCGAAGACCGGCAAGUGCCCCAGGGACACCCUUAAGUUUGGUGUAUGUGCGGAUGUGCUGAGUUUGGUUAGCGUGGUUUUGGGUGACCCACCUACGAAGCCAUGUUGUGCCUUGUUGGAAGGUCUCACUAACCUUGAAGCUGCCUUAUGCCUCUGCACAGCCAUCAAGGCAAAUGUGUUGGGUAUUAUCAAUCUCAGUAUACCCGUUGCCCUCACUCUGCUGGUUAAUGUAUGUGGAAAGGAGGUCCCUGAGGGGUUUCAGUGUGCUUAGACCUAGCUAGGAUAUGGAUCAGGUUCAUAUAUAAGAAUCUUCUCAUACAUGUCUAAUCUGUGGAUAUGAAAUCUAUUAAAUGAAGAGAAAAAAUGAAUUUCAUAUUCAUCGAUCAGGGACGUACGAGAACACGUGAACCUGAUCCGCUUACACCUAGCUACUCUCUCUCUCUCUCGUGUGAUGUCUACUGCUCCAUAUUUCAUGUUUGAAGUAGUUAUUGAAUGUUUAAGCUUGUUACGAGUGUUGGAUGUAGAUGUCAAAUGAAUGUUGUGUUUGUUUCCUCUCAAGGAAUAGUAAAAUUUAUGUUAAAUCUACUUUGAAAGCCAGUGUUAGAGAAAACAGAUUUUUUUUUUUGUUUA